AUGAAGUUCACUGGAAUCGUCGCUUCCUUGGCUGUUGCCAGCUCUGCCUCUGCUCUGGCCAUCCCUCAGACCCCUGUUGAUGCCACCCUGAGCAAGCUGAACAAUGCUCUCAACAAUGUUGAGGGUCUCGUCGGUGGUCUCCUCGGCGGUGUUUGUGAGGAGGUCGACCUCACCCAGGUUCAGACCGAGCUCAUCACCAUCAAGGGCCAGCUGACCAAGCUCGUCCCCGUCUCUGCCACCAAGCGUGAUGUCAUGAGCACGGCUAACAAUGUUGCUACGCCCGUCACCGGUGCGGCCGGUAGCGAACUCGACAAUGUUGAGGGUGCUGUUAAGCCCGUCACUAAUGUCGCUGGCAACGCAGUCAACACCGUUGAGGAUGUUGCUCAGCCUGUUGCUGAUGUUGCCGGUGGCGCCGUUGGCACCGUCAAGAACACUGUUGGCGGCGCUGUUGGCACCGUUGAGAACAUUGCCUCUGGUCCCAUUGACACUGUUACCGGCACUGCCGGCGUCAACACCCUUGCGCAAAAUCUGGUCAGCAAAGUUAAGAGCGGUGCCCUCGACGCUGCGGGUGUUCAGAACGUCCUCACAACUAUCGGCCAGGCUGGUGGUCUCAACCCUACUUCUCUCACCAACGUCCUCGCCGGGCUCCUCUAA